AGGCGAAUACAAAUUUACAAAAUCCAUCUGCAAAAAAUUCAUCAAUUUCACCAAUUAUUCAAAAGAAUUUAUCGAAAAGUUCUCAAAUAAAAAAUUCUAUCACGAGUAAAAUGAAUGCUACAAACACUUUUGUAAAAAAUUUACGAGAUUUUAUCAGUCGUCGUAAACCAAAAGCUUUAAGUCGUCAAUUCUUAAUAGAUCCGGAUCAUAAAGGGCCUAUUUUAGAUCUUCAAACAAAUACUCCUUAUGCAAAUAAUUCCAUUACUACAUCACGAUAUACGUUAUUAAACUUUCUUCCCAAACAGCUUUAUGCACAAUUUUCUAGAGCUGCAAAUCUUUACUUUUUAUUUAUGGCCGCUCUUCAGAUCGUACCAGAUUGGUCUCCUACUGGUCAAUUUACAACAAUAGUUCCUCUCAGUAUAUUCAUUUCUCUAUCUAUUGCUCGUGAAGGUUUCGAUGAUUAUCGAAGGCAUAAACAAGAUUUUGUUGAAAAUAAUAAAGAAUGCACUGUAAUGCGUAUAUAUAAUCCAAAUGGUCGAUUUGCUGUACCUACGCAGGUCAAAUGGAAAGAUUUAAAGGUUGGUGAUUUGAUAUCAAUUAAGGCCCAAGAAUGGAUUCCUGCAGAUCUAUUAUUACUUUCUUCUAAGGGUGAAAAUGGCGUGUGUUAUGUUGAAACUGCUGCUUUGGAUGGUGAGACAAAUUUAAAACAACGUAAAGCUUUGGAAGAAACAAAUUCAUUGUUGAAUUCACCUGAGUCACUUUCAGAGUUCAGAGGAAAGUUGUGUGCUGAAGGUCCUGAUCAGGAUUUAUAUAAUUUUAAUGGUUAUUUGGAAUUCAAUGACAAAAUUCUUCCGUUAUCCAAUAAUCAAAUCUUGUUAAGAGGUACUAUAUUACGUAACACUACAGAAGUAUAUGGACUAGUAAUUUUUACCGGUGAAGAAACAAAACUUCGUAUGAAUGCGUCUAAAAAUAUUCGAACAAAAGCUCCUAAUAUGCAAAGAAUAUUGAAUCGUGUCAUUUUUAUCAUUUUCUUCAUUGUCCUCUUAUUGGCUGCUACAUGCACUUAUAUGUCUUCAAAUUGGAUAAAACGUGGUAGAGAAAAUAAUUGGUACUUGAGAGAAAAUUUCCGAGAUAUG